GGGCCAAAGGAAGUCCUACCAAUGCACGUCAAAUCUCAGCACUACUUGGACAACAAGAGCUGGAAGGGAGGCGUGUCCCAGUGAUGGUCAGCGGGAAGACAUUACCCUCUUUUAAGCCUUUCGAAACUGCCGCUAUCGCGGGGGGAUAUAUAGGAAGUCGCUUCCUAACGGGACUCAAAGCGCAAGAAUUUUAUUUCCACUGUAUGGCGGGGCGCGAGGGUUUAAUCGACACUGCAGUGAAGACAAGCCGUUCUGGGUACCUACAACGCUGUCUGAUCAAGCACCUCGAGGGUAUCCGCGUGAAUUACGAUCACACCGUUCGAGGAGCAGACUCUGCAGUCUAUCAAUUCCUAUACGGGGAGGAUGGACUCGAUGUGACUCGACAAAUGCACUUGAACGAAUUUGCCUUCAAUCUCAAAAACCAUCAAUCUCUGGCAAGCAAAUUUGCGGCUCGUUCACUUGCUGGCAAAGUCGACGAAAGCGAGGCGAGUGAACAUAUGAAGAAACUCUUAAAGAAAAAGAAAAAGCACCCCAACCGAAAUCUUUCGGACCCUACAUUGUGUAAAUUUUCUCCUUCGCGGUACCUUGGGUCAACCUCAGAACUUUUUGCCGAGAAAGUGGACGAAUACAUCUCCAAUAACAAAAACCACCUAUUGAUUGUCAAGUCUCAAACAAAUCAAAGAGAAACGAUCAAACCAGUAUUGUCGGCAAAAAUGUUUCGAUCUUUGAUGUCUGUUCGCUACAUGCGUUCUUUGGUAGAGCCAGGCGAGGCAGUUGGCCUUCUAGCUUCCCAAGGGGUGGGCGAGCCCUCGACACAAAUGACAUUGAAUACCUUUCACUUUGCAGGUCAUGGUGCUGCCAAUGUGACUCUUGGAAUUCCAAGAUUAAGAGAAAUUGUGAUGACAGCCGCGAUUGAUCCCAAGACUCCUAUGAUGCAACUCCCCAUACGGAAAGGGACGGCAAUGGCUGACAUCGAGCGGUUCUGUCAACAAACCUCGCGCCUUGCGUUGUCGCAACUCAUAGAUAAAAUUGAGGAAUGCUUCAAAACUCACUAUAUGGGUAUCGAGCACUUUGCUCUUGCGCUUACCAGACUCGCUGGAAUUCUACGAAGGGACGCUAGCUUGCAUUUCAAGCGACUGGAGAAAGAUCUCAAAGCUCAAGCUACGAAUAUUGGCAAGGGUAUCACUAUCAGGGAG